CUCUUGCGAAAGGAGAAGCUCCGCGCAUAGUGUAAAACCCAUAGACGUAUAUAACUAGACUGCGCAUGCUAUGCUAGCCGUUGAAGCAAACAUUUAAAAAGAGAAAGCAAUAUCGGGAGGAUCUCUGUCUCACUCUAAAUCACCCGUAGAGGGGGAAGUGAACUCUUUUCCCCUCAAGACUUCAGUAGCAGCAGGAGCGAAGCAGACAACAUUCUGUAACUACUAUAAGAAAAGCGCUGUAAUUGAUAUAUUUAUUUAAUAAAAUAUAAAGAUGGUUAGAUAUUGUUGUAUGUGCAAAGUGACAUCAGGUCAAAUCAGCAAUGUAUCUUUUCAUAGGUUAGUAAAUUUAAUUUAUAUAUGUAUAUAUAUACGUAUAUAUACAAAUAGUUUGUAUGUAUAUUUGCACCAAUAACAUAACCCAAAAAUUUUUUACAGUUUACCAAAAAAUGAAGAAAAAAAACGGGAAUGGAUGGAUGUAAUAGGACAUCCAGUAAGCUUACACAGUUCUGUGUGCAGUAAACAUUUUAAUGAAUCCGAUUUUGUGUACAAAACUAUUGGAGCUUCUAUAAAAAGAUUUUUACAUGAUGCAGCUGUACCAUUUGCAGAAUUAUGUGAUGUUGACAAGGAAUCAUCUUCAAAAAUGAAUCCUGAUGAAAAUGCAGUGAACAUGGUCAAUGAUAUGCAAGAUACAGUUGGUCAAACACCGACAUUUACUCAAGUUUUAGACAAUACAUUAUCUUCCUUAGGAGUAUUUGAAAAUGUGUAAGAAAGACAAUAAAUCAAGUGCAACGGAAAUUGAAAGUAUACAUCACGUCACCUCUUUAAAAAGGUAUUUGAUAUCAAAGUAAUAUUUAUGUAUGUAUGUUAGUAGUAGUUUGCAAAUUUGUGUAUUGAUGGUUAUUUUUUACUGAUUUUUUAUAUUUAUUAUUUGUAUUCAUAUCAUUAGCUAUGUAAUAAUUAAGUUUAUAUAAAAAAUUGCAGGACAUCUAGUCAUACGAAUGAAAAUGUUAAAAGAUUGUGUAUAGCACGGUACAUAGGAGAUUUGAAAAGGGAAGAUUUUACAUCUGAUAGAAGUUUUGAAAUUUUCAGUGAUUUUCGUGAAGAAAUGCUGAAACAUAAAAAAAUAUGUAAGCAGUCUAUAAAUAGAUUAAAAAAAAAAAUCUCUAAUGUACAAGAUAUGUACAAUCACCUUAAAAAGAAUGGUCUCCUUUUUAAUGAAGCUUCUGAUGCUUUGAAUGUAAGUACGUUACUCAGUGAGGAUAAAUGAUGUGAAAAUGUAACAAUAGUCAACUAUGCAGUUUAUAAACAACAAAUUGAAUACAUGAAAUAGUACCUUGUUUGCUUCAAUUUCUUGUGUAUGAAGUUUAGCGUUAUUAUUAAAUUGAUGAAUGAAAAUAUAUUCAGCCCUAACAGCAAAUAUUUCUAAUAGUGAGACUUAAAUAUGUAUUACCUAUUUUAUUUUAUUUUUUGAUAGAAAUAUUUAACUUGUAAAAAGCACAGAGAUUGUAAUUAUUAUUUUAUUUUUACACUUAUUUUGAUACUUAUUUUUGUAAGUUAUUUUUAACCAGCGAAUCUAAUGUAAUCACAUAUUUUUCCAGAUUUAUAUAUAAUACAAAUAUUGUUUUCUCGUAAACAUAGGAAAUGUGUAAAUUAAAUUAAAUUAUAAUUAAGUAGCGUUUAUAAUUUUUUUGUCCAAAGAAUUUAAAGCAUUCACUACUUUCAAACACUUGAAAUGAAGCUCUUAACUUCUAAAUUACAUAAAUUUUUAUUUCAAAAGAAGGCAAGUUAAUAUGUAAGUAAUUUUAAAUAAUUUUUUUUAUGAAUUUUUUUUAACUAUUAUAAAAUUGUUUGUCCUAUAUAGAAUGAAAAAAUAAAAUUAAGUACCAACUAAGUAACUGCUCUGUGUAUGAUAAUACAUAACAACUUAUAAAAUUAAUAACAAUUUUUACAUCAAUAUAAUGUUUUUCAUAAUAAUUUCAUUUACGUUAAUAUUUUCUUCCAUUUCUCUUUUUCCUAGAUAUGUU